GUGUGCGCAGGCGCGAGGCGCAGGCGCGAGCUGGGCCCUCGAAAGUAAAUUCUUUUGCUAACUGUUGAACUGUCUCUCCGGUGUACGCGGCCCCGGAGUCCCUGCAGCCCGCGAGCUCCUUUGUUGGCGCGAACCGCCGCGGCUGCAGGAGCUGCAGCAUGGCCCAGUCUGUCAUAGUGCAAGUCGGGCAGUGUGGGAACCAGGUGGGCUGCUGCUUCUGGGACCUGGCCCUGAGGGAACACGCGGCUGUCAACAAGAAAGGAAUUUAUGAUGAUUCACUGAAGAACUUCUUUAGAAAUGUGGAUACUAGAGGAGCUGGUGAUGGUGUAGAUAUUUCCAAAGGAAAAAUUUGCUCAUUAAAAGCACGAGCAGUCUUGAUUGACAUGGAAGAAGGAGUAGUAAAUGAAAUCCUUCAGGGACCAUUGAAAGAUAUAUUUGAUAGCAAGCAACUCAUCACAAGUAUUUCUGGCUCAGGGAAUAAUUGGGCAGUAGGGUACAAAUUUUUUGGUUCUCUGUACCGGGAUCAAAUUGUAGAGAGACUCAGACAGACAGCAGAGCACUGUGAUUGUUUGCAGUGUUUCUUUAUAAUUCACUCCAUGGGAGGAGGGACAGGUUCUGGUCUUGGCACAUAUAUUUUAAAUGUGCUUGAGGAUGAAUUCCCAGAAGUAUACAGAUUUGUGACUUCAGUUUUUCCAUCUGGUGAGGAUGAUGUCAUUACUUCACCAUAUAAUAGUGUUUUGGCAAUGAAAGAACUUAAUGAGCAUGCAGACUGUGUGUUGCCCAUCGAAAAUGAAUCUUUAUUUGACAUCGUUAGCAAAAUUAAUCAAAUGGUAACAUCUGGAAAGCCUGGAACAACUGUGAAGCCAGAGAGUUUGGUAACUUCAAAUGAAGGUGGUAUUAAGAAAAAGCCUCAAAAAAAACCAUUUGAUACAAUGAACAAUAUUGUAGGAAAUUUGCUGCUCAACUUAACAAGUUCUGCCAGAUUUGAAGGUUCCCUUAAUAUGGAUCUUAAUGAAAUUACUAUGAAUUUAGUUCCCUUUCCUCAACUUCAUUAUCUUGUUUCAAGCCUCACACCUUUAUAUACAUUGGCAGAUGUAAACAUUCCUCCUCGAAGGUUAGAUCAAAUGUUUUCAGAUGCUUUUAGCAAAAAUCACCAGCUCAUUCAGGCUGACCCAAAGCAUAGUCUCUACCUUGCUUGUGCCUUGUUAGUUCGAGGAAAUGUACAGAUUUCUGAUCUUCGAAGAAAUAUUGAAAGAUUGAAAUCUUCUCUCCACUUUGUCUCAUGGAAUCAAGAAGGCUGGAAAACAAGCUUGUGUUCAGUACCACCUGUGGGCCAUUCUCAUUCUCUCUUGGCACUAGCAAACAACACCUGUGUAAAACCAACCUUCAUAGAACUUAAAAGAAGAUUCACAAAACUGUACAAGAAAAAGGCUCAUCUUCAUCACUAUCUACAAGUAGAUGGAAUGGAAGAAAGUUGUUUUACAGAAGCUGUAUCAUCUUUGUCAUCUCUUAUAGAGAGAUAUGAUGAAUUAGAUGCUACGAAAGACUUGCCUGUAGAAGAUCAACUGAGACUAAAUAUAGUUAUAUAAAAACACAUUCACAAACUUUUAUUUUCAGUUAAAAAUUUUUGGUUUCCUGAUGAUUGACUUAUUAGUAUUCUGUCACUCAGAAAAACUUAUCAUUCAAGAAAUCUUUGUCGAUUUUCUUCAGAGUAACAGAUAACAUUAUUGUCUAGGAGAAAAGUGUCUUUUAAGGUUGUUUGAUGGAAAUAUGCCAUAUUACAUCUGGCAUCACUGCAAUCUCUAAACCUUACUUGCCAUCUUUACAAGAACCAUAAUUUUUUUUAAGAGUUAUGAGAAUAAGAUUUAAAAUUUAUGAAAUCUAUUUGUCUUUUUAUAACCUGAUAUUCAGGAGUUGUACACUAGUAAAAAGCCUUGUGUUGGUUAUGUUUUUUUAAAAAUACAUUAUAGGGCCUCCAAUUCUUUUUUAAAAUUGAUCUGAUAUAUAGUGAUAAUAGUGGUAGUUGUUUAAAAAUAUAUAUAAGUAAACAUUGAUUUUAUCAGCAGUUGGGGGUGAAAUCAACUUUGGAUUUUUCAUUCAAAAUAAUAUAAAAUAAUUUCAAAAUAUGUGAUUUUAUUAUACAACCAGAUUGAUUCCAUAGUAGUAAAUUUGCUUUAUUUAUAAAAUUCUAUUAUUUAUAAUUACUUUGCACAAUAAGGUGUAUACAAAAGCACAGAACUUUUCUAUGCUCAACAUUUUCUGGACAUUGUUUAUAUAAGCAAGUGAAAUAAAUAUAAAGUUGCUAUAA